GUAGGGUUGCCGUAUACCAUCACAUCAGAUGAUAAUGACUUGAUGCUGCUUCCUGCAAAGCGAUUUUUUUUUUUGUAUAUUUGAUAUUUUAAAGGGAUUCUACGUUUGAAUCGGAAAUAUUUCUGCUGUUGCCAACUGCCAUAAACAAUGAGAUUCCCCAUGCUAAUUUCUCUCAUCAGGCCGAUCGGGCCGGUUGUAAUUGGUAUUUCUUUGGGAUUUACAUUGAGUUUGUUGGGCGUAACGUGGGUCGAGGAACCGUGCGAUGCCGUUUCUAAAAGGGGAGAUGAAGUUGUUUUGGUUCAGGAAGGGAAUCUGAAAGGUGCCAGGAGACCCAAUUCCAUAUCGCCUGGUAACGGGGAAAAUGGGGACAUCGAGGAGGAUUUUGAACCAAGAAUCGUACCGUAUACACCAGUAAAACAAAGUCAACCGAAGAAAGUUUUCAGGGCAAAGUACAUCAGCACAGAGCUAGGCAUACGGGAGAGGCUGUUCGUGGGGGUGCUGACGUCCAAGAACACCAUCAACACGUUGGGCGUAGCCGUGAACCGAACCAUCAGCCACCACCUGGACAGCGUGGUGUUCUUCACGGGCAUGCGCAACCGCAAGAUCCCCCACGGCAUGUUCGUGGUCACCCACGGCGACGAGCGCCUCAUCUGGAACAUGUUCCAGACGGUCAAGUACGUGCUGGAGCACUACAUCAGCGAGUAUGACUGGUUCUACUUCGUCCAGGACGACACGUACACGGAGGCUGACCGGCUCAAGGCCCUGGUGGGCCAUCUGAGCAUGGACCGCAGCCUCUACAUGGGGAGCCCAGAGGAGUUCAUCGGCGGCGAGCCCCAGGGCAGGUACUGCUACGGCGGGUUUGGGUACCUCCUGUCCCGCACCCUGCUGCUUCGGCUGAAACCCUUCCUGGAGAACUGCAGGAACGACAUCCUGAGCGCCAGGCCAGACGAGUGGCUCGGCCGGUGCAUCAUCGAUUACGCUGACACCAACUGUGUGGACGAGCACGAGGGACUCCAGUAUUAUCAUUUUGAAAUGGGAAAAAACUCUGAUCCAAGUAAGGAGGAAAAUGUGAACUUUAAGAAUGCCCUCACUGUCCAUCCAGUGUCAGAUCCCGAGCAGAUGUACAGACUGCAUAAACAUUUCACCGAGAUUGAGCUACAGAGGACCUACAGUGAGAUUGAGAAACUACAGGCGGAAAUUAAGAACAUCAGCGAGGUGGCCCACGACGGUAAUCGCAGUGCCCACUGGCCGAUCGGGAUCAACCCUCCCUUUGAACCGAAGACUCGUUUCGAGGUCCUGAGGUGGGAGUACUUCACAGAGGACCAGGUGUACGCGUGUACCGACGGCUCCCCGAAAUGCCAGCUGCGCGGCAUCGACAAAGCGGACGUCGCCGACGUCAUCGAGACGGCCAUGGGAGAGCUGAACAGGAAGUACAUGCCCGUCCUCCACCUGAAGAAGCAGCAGCUGAUAAAUGGGUACCGGCGCUUCGACCCCACCCGGGGGAUGGAGUACACCCUGGACCUGCAGCUGGAGGUGGUCAGCCAGAAGGGCAGGAGCCGCUCCAUCACCAAACGGGUCCACCUGGUGCGGCCCUUGAGCCAGAUAGAGAUCAUCCCCAUGCCUUACGUCACUGAGGCCACCAGGGUCCACAUCAUCCUGCCCAUGACCGUCCACGACCGCUACUUCAUCGACCAGUUUUUCCAGGUGUACGCCGACAAUUUCUUCGAGACCAGCGAAAACGCCGUCUUGACUUUUCUGUUCAUCUACGACCCUUUCGAAGCUCAGCAGGUCAACCAGAAUGACAUUUUCGGCGAAGUGAAAGCGCAGAUCAACGCCUACGAGCGCAAAUAUCCCACCGUCAAAAUCCCUUGGAUAAGCGUCAAGACCGAAGCCCCGUCCCAGAUCAAAAUCAUGGACAUCAUUUCGAAGAAGCACCCCGUGGACACGUUGUUCUUUGUGGCCAGCGUCAACACCAACGUCAACUCGGAGUUCCUCAACCGCUGCCGCAUGAACUCCAUAGGCAGCUGGCAGGUCUUCUUCCCCAUCCACUUCCAGGACUUCAACCCAGACGUGGCCUAUCACAACCAACAGCCCCCGGCUAACAUCGACCUGGUCAAGGACGCGGGCCACUUCGACCGCAGCGGUUUUGAUGAGGCCUGCUUCUACAACUCCGACUACAUGGCGACGCGAACUCGAAUGGCCUCGGAUGUGCAGGAGAACGAGGAGCUCCUGGAGACUCUGGACAUCUACGACAUGUUUAUCAAGUACUCUAGCCUGCAUGUCUUCAGGGCGGUGGAGCCUGCCCUGCAUCAGAAGUACAGGUACCAGGCGUGCAAUCCCCGUCUGAGCGAGGACAUCUACCACCGGUGUGUCCAAAGCAAUCUGGAGAGCCUGGGCUCUCGGACACAGCUGGCGAUGCUGUUGUUCGAACAAGAACAGGGCAACAGUACGUGAUUCUCAAACUGAAAAGAGAGGCUCUCCUUCCAGGUAGUUUAUCGGAAAGUUUACAAAUGCAAUGCAUAUCCUGAGGAGUUUUGUUAUGUUUACAAAAAAAAACGCCACGGUACAAACACAUGCGUGCAUGCACAAAUAUAAUCACUCAUGUCAAUACACGUGCACCCGGGAACGGCCAGUGUUUCAAGUGCACACUCGCAAAAAAAAGAAGGAAAAAAAAGAAGCUUUUUCUAAGAAACAUGUUGAUAAUUUUCCAUUCCAAAUAAUUCUCAUUCUUGUGAUUUUAACUCACUCUCCAGUGUUUAACCUUGUUGUUUUGUGGGAGGCGGGUGCUUUAUGAAGGUCACUUUCAGAUAAGUUUUCACUUUGCCGUGGUCGCCAAGGGUACUACAAGACAGGGCAGCUCUGAAAAUGUACGAGUACUUGUGAUGAUCAUAAAUGCUGGCAGCCAUUUAAAUUACUACUAUUAUUAAUUGUGCCUUUGAUUUGCAUGUUAGCUUUGUUUGUUAGCUAGUCGUCCUCACAUCAUGAAUCAUUCUUUAAACAGCUUCUCAACAGUAAAAUACAAACUUAACAUCUGACAUUUACAUUCUGUUGAUAUAUUACAGAUCAGCUUAAUAUUUGGAUAUUCAAGCUUAAUAGAAAUUUGCCAUAUAUGGCUUGCAUAUAAAUAUUUUUAAUUGAAUUGUCUAUUUAUGUAUGUAUGUGUACAUUAGAUUUGUAGCUAAGAACAUAUUCACAGGUAUUUCAAUUUGGGAAUGUCUAUUUAAAAUUUGGGAUAAAUGCGUACAGUACAUCAGAGGCGGCUGGUGGCCUUUUACCUGGGUGGGGCGCCAUUCACACACGCACACACUCACCAGUGCUCCCAUCCAACCUCUAUAAUUACAAAGGAAAGACAAAGCAAUGCCAAUAUUAAAAUAAACAUUUCUUUAUAUAGAGUGAGCACCAUUGGACAGUGACACAUUUUUUGUUAUUUUGGUUCUGUACUCGAGCACUUUGAGUUUGAAAGGAUACGAUGACAGUGCAGACUGUCUGCUUUGAUUUCAGUUGGUAUUUUCAUAUUGGAUGAUCCGUUUAGAAAUUAUAGCCCCCAUUUUCAGGCAUCCAAAAAUGUUGGCCAGUUUAACAUAAUGUAGAAUAAAAUAAUCAUUUUUAAUAUUUGGUCGCACAUCCUGCAUGCAUGCAAUGACUGCUUGAAAUCCGCAGCGCGUGUUUCACGGAUGAGGCGGUGUGCUUUGGAUCAUGGGCAUUUCCUUUUUUUCUCCACACUUUCCUCUUUCCAUCACUCUGGUACAUGUUCAUCUUUGUCUCAUCUGAGUUAAAGAGUGUUUGUGAUCUGUUGGGCCGUUGGCCGGAGGUUUUCUUCAACAUAGAAAGUAUUCCCUGGUCAUCCACUACAUCCACUGCUCUUCCUUGGUCUCCCUGAUCUUUUGACAUCAAGUUCACCAGUUGUUUUUUUCUUGUUAAUAAUUUUCAUUUCUGAGGCUGCCACUUAUUUUGCAUCGACUGUUGUCUUCCUCAUGUUGUCACACCCCAGCAACAAUCUCCAAAGGCAAUUGCAAAGUCUAGAAUCAAGACUAGACUUCAACAGAACCAAAAUAACAAAACAAAAUGUAUCACCGUCCAAUGAAUUAUGGUGCUCUCUGACAGAUCGGACUUUUCCACUGACAGAUCGGGGGUGGGUCAGCACCCAACGCGCUCCUUGCUGAGUGGCCGCCACUGCGGUACGUGUAUAUUUUUAAGAAAAAUGUAUUUUGCGAAGCAUUUCAGUGAGCCUUUACUCAACAAAUAGCCAGAACUUUGGUUUAUAGCUUGUUUUGUGAAAGCACAGAACAGGCACAGCCUUGUAAUGCAAAAGCAGUAUGAGAUUUUGAGUGUGGUGGACAGGAUGAGAUACAAUAUUGCUGUUACGAUGCCAAAGAAAUAGUUGUGUGACAGCAUGUUGAUUAGCAUUUAUAUACCAAAGCACGCCCUGUUGCGUCACGGACAUAAUGGAUAGCAUGUUGGAUUUUUGGCGAAAGAACGGUUUUCAAUAAAAAAUUGAAGAUCAUUAGAAGACUGGACUUGUGUGAGCCUUAGACAGUUCAGUUGCGCAAGUAUCAGUGCAGUAAUUUCAAUGACCUUUAGGAGGAAUGUAGUUAUUUGACAGGUUUUGAAGGUGGAAGCAUAUUAUUCUUGGUAGCUUAAUGAAGGUUGAUAACUCUUUGUUUGUUCUUGUUUGUUUUACAUUUUUUACAUAUCAAAACAUUCCUUCAUACUCUUGGCAUCCAUUUCUGAGUGCUUUUAUUGUGAUGUCACAACUUCACAGAAUUCCAGACGGCUUGUUUAAAUGCACAUUUUCUUCACACUGAUUGUGUGGAUUUAUUCGGGGAUUGAGCGUUUUGAUAAUUUCACAGUAUUUUUAUAACACCUUCAAAAUGAAAUGUCAAUUUCCACAAUAUGGGACCUUUAAUUAAAACAAAGCAGUGCCCUUUGGAAGACAGGUGGUGUCCAUGUAGCUCUAUAUGGUAGAGUAGCAUAGUCACGGAGUUCAAGUAAGGGCCUGCCAUUUGCAUUACAGUGCAGCGUAAACUUCUGACUGCACCAGUAUGAUUUGGUAGACAAAAGAAAGAAUUUUAUUUAAAAAGAAUCUACUUGACUUGACGACUUGUCCUCUUCAAUGAUUCCUUCUGAUUCAGUUGUAUUUGCAAUCAUCGUAUUAUGCUUAAAUACACUGUAUAUGUAGGAGUUAUGUAGAGUUAAAUGUGCUAAGAAGCACACUAUUUUUUGUCAAGUGUAGGAUUUACACAUACAGAUAUGUAAUGCAUAUUACAUUUCGCAGUAGUAGCUAAUAAUGGUCCAUUUUUUGGGUUGUGGUUUGAACUUGUUUGAAAUGAUUGGUUGUCCCAAUCCAUCUGUAUGGGUAAGGGAGUCUACUUGAGAUUAUAUGUCUUGUGAAACAUGGGAAGUCUAAAAUGUUGUGAAACAUAGAUAAUUUUAAUUGUACAAGAUGACAAGACGAGUGUAUUCCAAAAGCAAAUUGUUAAAUCUUUUGUCGUUUUCUACCAGCUUUGUUUGCACGUAUAGUUUAGGAAUAGCGCACACUUUAUUUUUAAUUGACCAUUGUUUUACUUUGAAUUAUUCUCUUAAUGUUCAGCUAUUUAUAUUUUACUGUAAUCAUCGAAUUAAGAUAUUGUGUGGAGGCAAGUCUAAACAUAAGUCUUAGAUAACAUGAUAAAUUAAUUAAAUCUUAAGGAACCAAUACAUUUACAUUUUCUGUAAAUGUAAACCGCUGCAUCCGAGCCAUAUGGACAAAUGGAAAAUGGAAAUGUAUGAUUGAUGGGUAGCGGAUAAACAAUUAAAUUAUGUUGAUGUGUCUUUAAACCCCGCACUGUUAAUGUGCAGGCAAAAUAACCGGUCAGAGUUUACCCCAAGUUGAUCUCACUUGUAGUGACUGUCAAAUGGAUUUAUUAAUGUUAUUCAAGUAGUACCAUAAAUGCAAAGAUCACAUGACAAUAUUUUUUAUCUAUGUAAAUGGAAUGACCAGUUUGUCACAUCGACAUAAAGGUGAGGUUUAGAAGUUCUAUGGAACUGAGUUUUUGUAAUUCUCCAAUAAAAGUAUUUAAGACAAAA